AUGAACUGGGUUGGUGGCUCUCGUAAAAGAAUCAUGGCUACCAAGGAAAGAAGAAAGCAAAAGGACUUCUUUGAAAAAGAAAAGCUCAAGUCAAAGAUGAAGCUAUUGAAAGUAUCUCCCCUUAAAAGCUCAGCUGUCAGUUUAGACCUUCUCAAUCUGUAUGUUGUUAACCAGAUAUCUACCAAGAAAGAAUAUACCGACAAUAUUCGAAAGCCAGUUCAUGUGGAUAUUAACAGAGGAAUAAAAAUUCCUUUGAGAAGGCACAAUGUAGAACUUCCUAACUCACCAGAACAAAAACUACCUAAACAAUUCUCAGAUGACAUCCAAGACAGGGUACAACAAGAAGUAUUAGAAAAUAGAAGAAAAUACCUCUCAGAAAAAGAGAACUUUCAGUCUCAAUACCUUCAAUCUUCACAGCCUGCAAAUAUUAAGUGUGAAAUCUCUUCACUUUCUAAGGCAGCAUACAGACAAAGGGAUUUCAGUGUCCCAGAUGAAGAUGCAUCAGUUGGUCAAUAUUUCCAGCAGUUGAAUAGUUCAGAGUAUAGUGAGACAUUUGGCAAGGUCACUGCUGCUACAGAUUUUGGAAAUGGUCACCGAGAAGAGCCAUUGUUUGGAAAUGUGGAAAACACACUAAAGGCUACCCAAAGUGAAAGCCCUCAGCCCAUUGAAGCUUUGUUUGAAGAGGAGAAUCAACAGUAUCCGACUAUUUCUACUUCACAAUCUUAUCAUCCUUUUGCUAAAAAAAACAUUAUUCAUCAGCUGUUUACAGAUUUAAGUGACAAUAAUCAAAUAUCUAAUCUACAUAGCCCUUAUCAUAGCAAAGAAAUCCAUCAAAUGACAAGUUCUGCUCAAACAUGUUCUGCUGAGAGAGACCUCAAAGGUAUUUUCACAGCUCCAGAGCACAUUUUCUUCCCUAAGAGCCGAAGCUUAAAUACAGUCAACGAAGAACCAAUUAAGAGUCACUUGAAAGAUUACUAUAGUCAAGAAAGAAUUCCUAUAAUAUAUUCUGACAAGCAACAGAAUACUACAGUGUUUGAAAAUAGAGGGGGAUUUAAAAACCAAAAGAAAGAUAUUAACACAGCAGACACUGUACAGAAUUACUUAAAGAAAGGCAGGAAGAGUGGACUGGCAAAACCAAAUCUAGAUCACUUGCAGAUCUUUGGACUUGAAGAGACAGAAAAGAAAGUCUACAAUUACUAUGAUCAGCAUUCAAAUCAAGAAAGACAAAAAGAUGAUGAAUCUCAACUAAGCAGUCAGUCACCCAGUUAUUCUCCAAAACAAACAGAUAGAUAUGUCAGGACUUCAUCUGAUGAGUCUGAAAAAGAAGAACAGGAUGGAAAACCAUCAUGUCAUUUUGAGGAUUCUUUCGCAAGGUAUUAUGGUAAUCCACUUCCAGUUUCAGGAAGUCAAAGGUCACAGUGCAGUUGCCAUUCAACAGGUAUGUGUUCCAUUUUCCUCAAUAAUGGGUCCAGGGAGACAGCAGAGAUUUUUCCCCAGACAAAGCCAGCCACAGAUCUAAGAAAAGAUAAGUUACAAAGAGCUACAGCAAAUUUAUCAGAUCCAGCACUGAAAAACAAAUAUGCCAAUUUCAAGGCAAGGUACAAUGCUUGGUCGCAAACAGAGACAUGCACUGAAAGAAUGGAAAAAUCUGAUGCAGCCGUGCAGUGCGAUAUAAUGGAGGCUUGCAGCUGCAAAAAUGAACUAUCCUCUGUCCAUAGUGCUGAAAUUGUCACUUCAGCGAGCAAGAUAGAGACCACUGGAGGGCAGAACAUUCCUGCAGAUAGAGCAGCACUCCAGCCUUCAAGUAGCAGCAAUUCUGUGUUAACUAAGGGUUUGUCUCUUGAAGCAGAGUACCUUACAGUACAUGGCAAAAUAAACCUAGGCAUAAUAGAUUAUAUCAAUGUAAUAAAUAAAGGGGAAAUGUGUGAUUAA